ACACGAUCAGCUAAAGGAAAUAGACCAAAAAAAAGACCCUAGAUCUAAAAAGAGUUAUAGAAUCCGCCGUUUCAUCAGGAACCCCACCCCCCGAGCAGUCAUCUUCUUCGACACACCCUUCACACGAAACUUAAGAGCUAAAGAAACCAGCUCGUUACAUCCUAAAAAUAUGAUCUCCUUCAGCACUUUAGACCCUUAGAGACAAAAAAGCUACAACAGCCGUAUAACUCCAAGAUAGACCCCUCCCCAUCGGAAUUCCAGCUUCUUCUUCAUUGGGAUACAAGACAAAACCCUAGAAGCCUAAGUAAAACAGGCUAAGCCUUAGCACACCCAGGACCUUUCUCAUUCACCUCACGCCAAACGACCCCAUUUCCCACAACUGGACGAAGCUUCACGCACACACGCACACGCUGAAAAUAGUGAGGAGUCCAAGAGCUCGUUUAACAUUCUUUUCCGGUGAGUCUCGAGUUUUUCUGGUUGAGUUUCGAUGACUAUUCUGCUGGUCCCUUGUCGAGGUUGAAUCCAUCUUGGAGCUCGUUUGCGAGAUCUGUUCAGCACUAGAUAUUGAAGUGUUGAGUUCGUCGAGGUCCGGUGCGUCGAGGUCGAUUUAGAAGUCCGUUCGAGCUCCCAUCGCCUGUCUGAGUUUUCAGUCGGUACCUCAUUUGAGUGUCACUUAUCUGUAUGCAGCAGAAGCAGAAGGGUGGUUGGUUUGUGGUUCUUAAACUGGUAACUCUUCCAUACAACGCAAGGUCAAAGAGCAAGGUAGUCAUGGCUAGCAAAGACUUGGGCACGAGAGUUGUUGACCGUCAAGGGGGUUUGUGGAGUUGGAGUCUGAAUUGAAAGAGGAGGUCCAAAGGAUGAAACAUCAGAUGGCAAAAAUGUAUCAGUGUUGGAUCAGGGGGCAUCCUCCACCUUCAUUCCCCACUAACUACACUGAAAACCCUGCAACUAUCCCACCACUAUCACAAGCCUAGGUUCCCACUGUUGUUGAUAUCUCCCCACAACCUUUUCACACUCCACCCCUCAAAAGCACAUCAUAUCUCGCUCCUUUGGCCACUCAUGCUCUUGUAGCUCCUCAUCCAGCUACUUUUCCUCAAUCCUCUAACGAGACUGUGCUCAAAGUCCCUGAUGCCCAACACUAUGCUCCAGAACCAACUUCCAAGGUUUCGGAUCCCUACUCUCACGCUUCUCAUUUUGAGCCUCCUGGUGAAGCUGAAAAGCCUGCUAGUAUAGUGGAUCAAGAUGAGAUAUCCAGGAAGGUGAAAAUCUUAGAGCAGUCUUUAAGAAACAUGCAAGGGAUAUGGAGCCAGAUGAGCGUGGCUUACAAAGACUUGUCCUUAUUUCCUGACAUCCAACUGCCUGCUGGUUUAAAGAUGCCGAAGUUUGAUUUGUAUGACGGACAUGGAGAUCGCGUAUUCCAUUUGAGAGGUUACUGCAGUAAGAUGAGAGGCGCCGGUGGGAAGGACAAAUUAUUGAUGGCAUAUUUCAGUCAGAGUUUGAGUGGGGCAGCUCUGGAGUGGUACACCCGCCAAGACGUUAGCAAGUGGUACAUAUGGGACGAUAUGGCACAGGAUUUUGCCCGGAACUUUCAGUACAACAUAGAAAUUGUCCCGGAUCGCAUGUCCCUCACCAAGAUGGAAAAGAAGCCUAAUGAAAGCUUUAGAGAAUACGGGCUCAGAUGGAGAGAGCAAGCUUCUAGAGUCAAUCCCCCGAUGGAAGAAAAAGAGAUGGUCGAGUACUUUAUUCAAGCUCAAGAGCCAACUUACUUUGGGCAUUUGGUCACGGUUGUGGGUAGGCCUUUCAAUGGUGUGGUAAAAAUGGGAGAAAUGGUAGAAGAUGGGUUGAAGUCGAGAAAGAUCAUGAGUUAUUUUGCAUUAAAAGCCACAACACAAGCAAUUCAGAAUGACACAGGAAGCUUGCUGGGUCAGAAGGAACACGAUGAUGUUGCCAUGGUUGUUUUAGAGUCACGACAUGGUCCAAAGGGUCCGUCUCACUAAUAUACCCAGCCUCAACUCCAACCCCAAACCUAUCCCCGAGCUCCACAUAAUCCACCUCAGUACUAUCCUCCGAGCAAUGUCCGAUCAUCUGUCCAACCACCAUGUCACUCCCUGUGGCAAGCGCCAGCACCAUGUAGCAUUCUCGCCUUCACAACAUUUUUUAGCACCCAACAACCCUAGAAAACAGAGGCAGAGAGGGGAACAAAGGCAAAGAAAUAGUUUCACACCAAUCGGGUAGUCCUACACAAGCUUGUUUGAAA